AACAAGCUCUGUUCCUUCAGCCUUUCUUCAUGGGAGAGCUGCUUCAGCCCUCUGCUCAUCACAGUGCCCGCCCUCCCUUUCUGUGUCCACCCUGGAAGGUGGUACCUACAGCCUGUCUCUGGUUCUCAGUGCCCAGUCGACAGAAAUGCAAUACCUGUGAGCAGAGCGCAUGGAGCUGCAGUCAGGUGUUCUGCUCAAAAACUUGAUCAGGUCUCUUGUACCGGAGAAAAACAUCCCCCGCUCCACAGUCACGCCUCACUCACGCCAUGGCUGCUUGGCAGGACGUGCCUGCGUGAGCAGCUGCUCUCAAGGGUGAAGCACAGCAGGAGUAAAACUUGAUCUAAACUCUGAGCAGCACCUCGAGAGCUCCCUGAGAACUGCUGAGAUGGCCAUCAAGCCCGAGUGACGCCUUGGUUUGUGGGAAACCGAGGCAGCCCCUCUUCUCUGGGAGCAGCCCGGGCAAGCCAAAAGGCUGGGCACCCACAGAUUAGCUGCUGUCUUCCCACGGAGGAAAUACACACCCAUAAAUAGUGGAGUUCCUGGCAACCAUCGGCGUGUAGUUUAGCUCCCAUGCAGACCUGGAAAUUGCCUCUGCCAUUAGCAGCAGAGCAUUUGUGCCAAAAGUAGGCAGAGGACAUCUGCUUAAGCGGCUGGGUAGAAGCACAGGAAAGUCCUAGCAAACGCAGCCUCAUCAAGGUUCUGGUGUGUUUUGUGAGCAGAAGCGGAGCAGAGGGGCCACUCUCAAGCAAGUCACUGCUGUUGCCCGACUGCACAGCCCUCAGGCACUGCCCGCGUCUCCUCUCCCCUCCUGCUCUCUGCCUCCUGCUCCUUCCUUCUGAAUCCACUCCUGCUGACCCCCAGCUUACAACAAGGGAAUGCCUCGCUGUUUGCAUUGCUACCAUUUUUGGUUAAAAUCACGGGAGCACAACUCAAAGAAGUUCACAAAGCUGUUUCUGCUGAAAGAGCAGGCUCCCCAUCCGCACCGCCCCAAGCUGGAAAGCCCACCUUGAGAAACCAUUUCCUGCACUGUCAUAAUCAAAAACUAAAUCUGGACACCCAGCCGAGGUGUCCUGUAAUUAGAGGUGGUACAAAUCACUCUCUGGUGCCAUUUUGCGUAGUUCUGAUUUUAAUACAAUCAAUAUCCUGCAGAAAAUAGCUGUGGGUCUCCAAAGUGAUUAUUUGCUCCAGAACAGUCACAUUUAAACUCUUAUCAUCAGACAGUCUCUGUUCUGACAACUCAAGAGCAGAAACAGAUAAAUAUAUAUAUAUAUAUAUUCAGUGCUGGAAGUUCUCCCAGUGCGUGUGCAUGACAAGCUGGGACACCCAGGAGCAGCGCAGACCCGUCGGACCAUGUUGACAUCACAGUCAUAGUGAGGCACUGUCACACUUUGUCACAGUGCCUGGGUGGACCCUCAGCUCCACAGGGCACCUGUGGAACCACUGCAGGUUUGUGAAGGUCGACUGCAGGCAUGCUUUCGUCCUAUCCGGACCAGCUAAGAUGCCAAACACUGACAAAGACAAGAAGCUACUCCACAAGCUGGGCUUCACGCUGGGGGAGACCUUAGGAGAGGGUGCGUUCUCCACGGUGAGGGCGGCCACCUCCCCCAAGUACACGGUCCCCCUAGCUAUCAAGAUGGUGGACAAGCGAAGGGCCUCUCCAGAAUUUGUGGAGAAGUUUCUGCCCCGGGAGCUCUCCAUCCUGCGUGAGCUGGAUCAUCCCAACAUCGUGCUCAUCUUUGAGAUCUUUGAGCUGACCGACGGUAUGGUCUACAUCGUGAUGGAGUCGGCAGCCUUCGACCUGCAGCAGCGGCUGCAGCAGCUGGGCAAGCUGCCCUGCGUCCCUGACGCCCGGGACAUCUUUGUGCAGGUGGUGGGGGCCGUGCACUGCCUCCACGACCGCAACAUCGUGCAUCGUGACCUCAAGUGUGAGAACAUACUGCUCAGUGCUGAUGGCCGCCAGGCCAAGAUUGCUGACUUUAGCCUCAGCAAGGAAAUGAGCAGCUACCCAGAAGUGAGCAGCACCUUCUGCGGAACAGAAGCCUACAUGGCCCCGGAGAUGUGGCUGCAUUACCCCCACGAUGCCAAGAAGUUGGACAUCUGGAGCCUGGGGGUGGUCCUUCUUGCCAUGGUGACUGGCAGCUUGCCCUUCCACGGCUGCCUCUGCAACACGAUCCAGCAUCAGAAGGAUGGGGUCCAGCACCUGAGGGGGGUGUCCGCGCUGCCGGAGCCCUGCCAGGCCCUCCUUGUCCAGCUGCUGCAGUUCUUACCAUCCUCCCGGCCCAGCGUGGAGCAGGUGGCCAGCAACAGCUGGCUGAAGGGGGAUAUCUAAGGGGAAUCCUCCCCAGAGAAUGUGUCAGGACAGCCAGCUUUUGGUGCA